AGUAAUAAAAUAGUUUUAAAUGGCUAAACAUUUAAUGUUUGUUUAUGGCACAUUAAAACGUGAUCAACCAAAUCAUUAUGUACUUAAAGAUAGCAAUAACGGUGUGGCCGAUUGUGUGGGCACUGGCUAUACGAUAGACAAGUGGCCACUGGUUAUUGCCACUAAGUAUAAUAUAACGCAAUUACUUUAUAAAAAAUUUAUUGGCCAUCAAAUAUUUGGUGAAAUCUAUGCGGUCGACGACCGUAUGCUCAGCCGUAUGAAUGAACUCGAAUGUCAUCCAAAGUUUUAUCGCCGAAUGACUAUUGAGAUUGAAAUGGACGACAUGUCCAGGAAGUCGAUGUCGACCUACUUUUUGACUGAUUUUAAGCCACAACUACUCGAGCUGGAGAUGUAUAACACGUAUGACACGUUUGGUAGUCAUGGACUCCGGUAUACAAAUGGAGUGGAAAGAGAUAACAGUGACGAAGCCAUCAAUAGGUUGGUCAACGAAAUCAAAAUUAUGCUAAAAGUGUUUUAA